UAAGUCUCGAGGAGUGAUUUAAUCUGACACAACCCGUGCAGUAGCGCAUUCAAAGAUAAGAAAGAAAUUAAAAGACAGAAGAUAAAGACUUACAUUUCAACGAAGUUUGUCAUCUUGUCGAGAAACAAUUUGUUCCAGAAACACGGUCCCCCACCAUUAAGAUCCUGGAGCUAAUUAUGAGACUGUGAGCUUGACUGCUUGAGUGACAUCAAAUAUUAACUGAACAGCGCGGUCUUCCUUCCAAUAUCAGCUGCGAUAUCAACUUACUUUUUGCGUCGUCAUCCCCUCCAUUCCUGCUUCUCCCAUCGCGCAAUGGCGUGUCCGGCUUGCGUGUCCGGCACAUUGCAUGAAGGGACUCCGUCCGGCAAGGAGGAAACGCUGUACGGCCUACCCACCUACGUCGCCACGCCUCCAUCCGGCACCCCUCCCAAGGGCACCAUCGUGAUCAUCCCCGACGCGUUCGGCUGGACGUUCAACAACAACCGCAUCCUUGCCGACAGCUACGCGCAGAAAGGCCACUUCCGUGUGCUGCUCCCGGACUUCAUGAACGGCUACGUCCUAAGUCCCGGCCUCCUGAAGAACGCGGACUACAUCUUGGCGGAGCAUAAGAGCUUUGGGACGCAUACCUUUUGGAAGGUCGUGUACGCCGUGCAGGCCGUGGCCAUCUUCUUGCCGUGGGCGUUCGCCACGAAGCCGGCGAAGACGUAUCCCGGCGUCGUGAAGUUCAUGAAGGCGCUCCGGGCGGAAGACGAGGACCAUUCGGUCGGCGUCGCGGGAUUCUGCUGGGGCGGGAAGCACACUUUUCUCCUGGCGCGCGAUACGGAGAAGACGGCCGGGGGGAAGAGCCUGCUCACGGCGGCAUUCACCGCGCAUCCGAGCUACAUUGCGUUUCCGGCGGACGUGGAAGCGAUCAAACUGCCGUUGAGCGUGGCAUGUGCGGAGAAAGACAAUCAGAUAUCGAAAGACAAUAUCCUGGUCCUCGAGGAGGCGUUGAGGCAAAACCCGGCGGGGGGUGAAGUAAAGGUAUAUGAGGGAGCUACUCAUGGUUUCGCUGUGCGAGCCAAUCCCCACGUUCCUAAGGAGAACGAGCAAGGGAUUGAAGCGGAGGACCAGGCUAUUUCUUGGUUUACACGAUGGUUGUGAUGACGGCCGGUGCUGUUCGUAUUGGAGGCGUUAGGUUCGGUUUCAAAACAGUGUGGGGUUUAGGAUAUCAAGGGAUGCGCCACAGUCACGCAGGAUUAUUUGCUAGCUCGUAUCGAAUUGAACCCCAGAUUGCAUUAUUUUGGAAUGGUAUCUGAAAGGUGGGCUAGUCGCUAAGACUGUUGAGGGAUCAAGCUACGAAAUGGUCAUGGAGAUGCGCGCCUGAGGUGAGCCGCGAUGCUCGCGAAGCAGGCAAUUGAACCGCCAACCUACUGGUCUGCGUACAGGGCGGUGCGGCUAGGCAUCAUCGAACAUCAUUCAGCACCAGCAUGCCACUUUCGUUUCCCAAGGAUAGGAUCAGGCGUGCUUCUGGCAGUAUUCGAGGCAGCUAUAUUACUUCCCCCGGCCCUCCCCCCGGCACCGCCAGCGCCCAUUCCCGACGCUUUGCUCAACUCCGCGUAGCAGCUUGC